CGCAUCAUCAACAUACGUGGCAACCUUGAGUAUUCUACAUGUCGGAGCGCUAUCGCAUUUUUCUUGUUAAUGUUGGUUAUCUGAAGGAUUAUGCAGGAAUUGAUGUAUGUGACUGUGAUAGUGUCAGUGUGUGUGUUUUCUGGAGUUUCUGAAGGGGAAUUAUUGAUAGACCCACCCACAGACACAUAUACAGUGGCAGAGGGAACGAAUGUCAUGCUCACCUGUUAUAUCAAGGACAGCGAGGGCAUGUUAAAUGCGAAGUGGAAUAUCGAAGGUUUGUUUGUCGCGAAGACAGCUGGAAACUCUAGUAAAUGUUAUGUCGUGUAUGGACCGAACAAUGUAUACACUGGGGUAACCACGACAGCCUCAUGCAACCAAACGUCCUCUUGGUUAAUGAUUGAGAAUUUUACUACUGUUGAAGCGAAGAACUGGUCGUGCAGUUCCGGAAGGCAAAGCGUCCAUAUCCUGCUGGUCAUCAAACAAGAUUCUUCAGAUCUGCCAACAUCACCUGCAACCACUGAUGUUCCCCGAAGAUUAGAGAAUGCAAGUACGGGAUACCAACAACCAACCAUGGAUGUGGAUGACAACUUGGCCAUGAUAUAUAGUUUGACUGCUGCGGGCAUCCUUGUUCUUGUGCUUGUUCUUGUUCUUGUUUGCGUGCUGAAAGUACGAAUUUCCAGACGUGACCGUGGUUCCAAAAGAGGGAGGAUGAGAUCAGACUCUUCAUCAUCCCUGGCGGAAAUGGCAGAGAAUCCUGUCUAUUGGACAGCUGGGAAUGUGACUGCUUCGGAAGCAAGGCAUGCUGUGCCUGUAGCAAAUGAUCGUCCUGAUAGCGUGGAGGUAUCAGAUCUCUAUGCAAAGGUUCAAAAGUCAAACGGUAGAGGUGCAGAAGCCAGACCUUGCCCUGACAACAACACUCAGUCAGGCGGGAGGGUAGAAGAACAGUCAUGUGAUGCCAUUAAUGUUGGAGCACUUUACAGUAAAGUACAAAGAUCCGAGGCAAACUGAAAGGCGGAAAUGGAGUCAGCGCUGUGCUAAACUGGAAAUGCAGAAAGGGAGUAAUCUAAUGAACAGGAAGGGCAAAGUUGAACAUUUCACCAACAUCAACCAGGAUAACCAUAUCAUGUACAUAUCAGCCAUGAUGACCGGACGCUACACACGUACAUACGUGCUGAAAUGAUUUUUCAAUGCUUUUAACAGCCGGAUAAGAAAAGUAUCAGUGUGAACCUUUUUUUCUUGUUUUCUAUUUUAUCCAGCAUUGGCAACCACGUUUUUACAAAUAUACCAUACAGAUCCACGUGAUCAGGGACGACUGAUUUAUUGACUUAAUAAAUAACACAUAUAUUUUAUACUGUAAAUCUAAUAUUAGUGCUUCUAGAUACUUAAAAUUUUCCUUUGACUAUAUAUAUAUUUCCAAAGCAUAAUUCAAAUCUAUAACGAAAUGCGCCAUAGAAACUUUGAUAUCGUAAGUCAAAUAUUGGAUCAAAGUGAUCUGUUGAACCGAACAGGAAAAAAAUAUUAAGACCUGCAACGGUAACGGCCAGAAGCUUUAUCGAUAACAAUAGUAUGACGUCAUAAUAUGCCGGGCGCAGUGCACGGAGUUCGAAAACCGUUCCAAUAAAAAAAAAUUGAGUUCACUGUGUACACAUUUAUUUUACCCGACUUUCACUGCUUUAUUUAAACUAUUUUAUACAUUGAAUCGUUUGCACACCCAACUUAAAAAUAAUAAACCAUUUAUAUUGCAGUUUUAAGCUUCUGUGAAUAUGUUUCACUGAUUCACUGUCGCCAUUUUGUUUCCAUGUCAUAUAGCAGCGAGCUUAUCGAUCUUCAAAAUCAAAUCAAAUCAUAUUUUGUACAUUUAACAGGGCGGUAAGAUAAAUCCGUUUUAAAUUUCUCCAUCGGAUAAUACGGUCUGAUGUACGCCUUUUUGUAGCAGUAUCAUCCCUCGUCUACCGGCGCGAGUGGCACUGCUACAAAGAGGCGUACAUCAGACCGUAUUACCCUCGAGAGAAGCAUACAACUUAUAAUAUAAAUGAUCUCAUUAUGCAUUGUGAAGACCGACAAGAAACAUGAAUUGGAGGACAGUUAAGAGAAGUUAGGUAUUUUAUCAUGUGUUCCUAUUCCGGUGAAUUGACAGUAACUGUGGGAGCUGCCUUUUGUUUCUUGACUUCAGGAUGUUGUUUAUUUGUACAUUACGUUUUGGCAAAUCCCGCUAUUGUCACUAUUUUCACUGUGAUUCAUAGACAGACGGUCAUGAGUACAAUUCACUCUACUUGUAGCAGAUAGUUCGUGUCGUAAUAAAUGGUGAAUAUUUAAA